UUUCACUGCAACAGCAACCAAUAGCCACGGGAUUCUGAGAGCAGAUGCAGAGCCCCCCUUUUCCAUGAGUGCGAUUUUGUUCACCCCCUUUAAUUGGGGGUGAACGUGACUUAUUGGAGAAGAAGAGGGAAGGGGAGAGGGGAAAAAAAUGAAAGAGAAGAGGAGAGAGAAUUAGGAAGAUAUUCAAAAUUAACACUAACCAGGGGUCACAUUCACCCCAGUCAAUAGGGGUUAACAAAAUCGCACUCCUUUUCCAUUCCGUAAAAGGCCACACUCUGUUCUCCGAGUCUCAGCUUCUCUGCACCAUCAAGCAUCAAUGGCGGCAGGUUUCAGUUUCCUACUUAGACUUCAGCCCUCUGUAUAUAAACCCAUUCAUUACAGCCGUUCCUUCUCAUCUCUUUAAUUCCAUCUUUGCCCGGUUCUGGACUUCGAUGGCUUUGGAUAUGGAAAAUGGUGGCCGGAAAUUUGCACUUCCGGUGGACUCUCAGCACAAGGCCACUGAGUUUAGAUUGUUCUCAGUGGCAGCGCCUCAUAUGCGCGCGUUUCAUCUGUCAUGGGCUUCGUUCUUUUGUUGCUUCGUGUCGACAUUUGCCGCCCCGCCGCUGCUGCCGGUGAUUCGCGACAAUCUCAACCUGACGGCAACGGACAUCGGCAAUGCCGGAAUCGCUGCUGUUUCCGGCGCCGUCUUCGCGCGAGUCGCCAUGGGAUCCGCCUGCGACCUGUUCGGGCCGCGGCUCGCCUCGGCCGGUCUCAUCCUCCUCACCGCGCCGGCUGUUUUCUGCGGUGCCAUUGCCGACUCUGCCGCCGCCUUCCUCAUGGUGCGCUUCUUCUCCGGCUUCUCUCUGGCCACGUUCGUCUCCACCCAGUUCUGGAUGAGUUCCCUCUUCUCCCCCAUCGUCGUUGGCACCGCAAACGGCCUCUCCGGCGGUUGGGGAAACCUCGGCGGCGGAGCCACGCAGCUCAUUAUGCCAGUUGUGUUUUCCGUUAUCCGGCGGGCGGGUGCGAUGGAAUUCACAGCCUGGCGAAUCGCGUUUUACAUCCCGGCUCUGAUGCAGACCUUCUCGGCCUACGCCGUCUUUUUCCUCGGCCAAGACAUGCCGGACGGGAACUUCUCCGAGCUCAAGAAAUCAGGCCAGAAGCACAAAGACAAGUUCUCGACGGUUCUCUCCAACGCCAUGACGAAUUACAGAGGCUGGAUCUUGGCCUUAACUUACGGCUAUUGCUUCGGGGUGGAGCUCACCGUUGACAACAUAAUUGCUCAGUACUUCUACGACAAAUUCAAUCUUAAUCUCCACACCGCCGGAAUCAUAGCCGCCAGUUUCGGAUUGGCUAAUAUAUUCUCGAGGCCGGGCGGAGGGAUACUCUCGGAUGCUAUGGCGAAGAGGUUUGGGAUGAGGGGCAGGCUAUGGGCGUUGUGGAUUGUUCAGACAUUGGGAGGAAUCUUCUGCAUUGUUCUUGGGCUGGUCGACUCUGUAACUGCGUCCGUCGCCGUUAUGGUCGUCUUUUCCAUCUUCGUCCAAGCCGCUUGCGGCCUCACUUUUGGGAUCGUUCCCUUCGUCUCCCGAAGAUCUUUGGGGGUGAUAUCCGGGAUGACCGGUGGCGGAGGGAACGUCGGAGCGGUGUUGACGCAGGUGAUCUUCUUCAGAGGAUCGAGAUACAAAACAGAGACGGGGAUAGCUCUGAUGGGGGUGAUGAUGCUAUGCUGCACUCUACCAUUGGCUUUGAUCUACUUCCCACAAUGGGGCGGCAUGUUCUGUGGCCCAUCGUCCAAAGGCUCCACAGAAGAAGACUACUAUAUGGGCGAGUGGAGCGCUGCGGAGAAGGAGAAAGACUUCCACCAGGACAGCUUGAAGUUCGCCGUUAACAGCCGAAGCGAGAGAGGCAAUCGAAUCAAAUCGGCUCCAACACCGCCGGAGGCCACUCCGCCGUCGCAUGCAUAACUGCUGGCCAUGCCUAAGUAAAAUAGCUCGACUUUUAGAAACUUCUUGUCGAUGCAAAGACCAAAGAAUCCAGCUCCUCUCCUCCUCUUACUAGUGUUAAUUAAAUUUUUAAUUUUUUUUAUUAGGAAUAAAAGACUAGAAUUUAAUUCACUACUACAAA